AUCUAUCUAUCUAUCUAUCUAUCUGCAUUUCUCCCCGCCGGUUACUUUAACGGCGGAGCUUACGAUACCGUUUCAGGAGUUUCCAAAUAUAUACACAAUGAAUCCUCUUUAACGGUUUUUCUCUCUCUCUCUCUCUUGCUGUUCCAAUUUGUGUUCUAAAAUAUAACUCAUGAUUCAAUUUCCUUUUCUGGGUUUUGUUUCAUUCAUGCCUUUUGAUGAUUUCUUGAGUUCAAGUUUCAAUCUUGGGAUUUCCCCUUUUCCAAAUUCUCUGAUAUUUUGACUCUGAAUCUUAUGAUUUUAUUUUCUUUAAUUUUCUUGGGGGCAAAGUGUGAAUUAGAAUACCCAGAAAAAUUACAAAAGAGAAGGUGAGAGAAAGUUGCAAAGUUGGUGCCUUCUUUUUGGGGUUGGAGAAGAAGAAGGAGAAAUGGAUAUAACAGAGAUGUCAAUAAUACACCAUGUGGGGAUUGUGCUAUGUGGCCUGUGGUUGCUUUCCCACUACAAUUGCUGCUACCCAGUUGCCUACUUUCUUUCUCUCGUUUAUCUUUACCUGGUUCAUGAACGGUACCUUAUGAGACUGCGGAAGAAAUUACAGUUCGAGGAAAGACAACAGGCUAAUCAGAGACGGGUGCUUUCUGAAUCUGAGACAGUGCGGUGGUUGAACCACACAAUUGAAAAGAUAUGGCCUAUAUGUAUGGAACAGAUUGCUUCACAGCAGAUCCUCCUUCCUAUCAUACCUUGGUUUUUGGAGAAGUACAAGCCAUGGACAGCCAAGGAAGCGGUAGUUCAGCACCUUUACUUGGGAAGAAAUGCACCUAUACUCACAGAGAUGAGAGUGGUUCGCCAGUCUGCUGAUGAUGACCACCUGGUUCUGGAGUUGGGAUUGAAUUUUCUUACGGCUGAUGAUAUGAUCGCAAUACUUGCUGUGAAGUUAAGGAAAAGACUAGGUUUUGGGAUGUGGGCAAAGUUGCAUAUUACAGGCAUGCAUGUUGAAGGGAAGGUCUUGAUUGGAGUGAAGUUUCUUCGCAGGUGGCCAUUCCUUGGCCGCGUGCGGUUGUGCUUCGUUCAGCCUCCAUAUUUUCAGAUGACUGUUAAGCCUAUUUUCACUCAUGGACUUGACGUUACAGUACUCCCUGGGAUUGCUGGAUGGCUGGAGAAGCUUCUUUCAAUUGCGUUUGAGCAGACACUUGUUGAGCCUAAUAUGCUGGUUGUUGACAUGGAAAAAUUCGUUUCCCCAAAGCAAGAAAGCUGGUUCUCUGUGAACGAGAAGGAGGCUCUUGCUCAUGUCAAAGUAGAAGUUAUUGAAGCAUCUGAUGUGAAAGCAGCCGAUUUAAAUGGAUUUUCUGACCCUUAUGCUAAAGGUCAAUUGGGCCUUUACCGGUUUAGGACUAAGAUACAAAAGAAAACACUGUCUCCAAAAUGGCAUGAGGAGUUCAAGAUCCCCAUUCUUACAUGGGAUGCACCUAAUGUGCUGGCUAUUGAAGUUUGUGACAAGGACCGAUUCGUCGAUGAUGCUCUUGGCGACUGCUCGAUUAACAUUAAUGAUCUUAGAGACAGCCAGAGACAUGACAUGUGGGUGCCGCUUCAGAAUAUUAAAACCGGGAGGCUGCAUCUUGCCGUAACUGUCAUUGAAGACAAUGUGAAGGGACCUGAGCAGUCAGAGGUUCAGGAAACGGUAACUUUGGAAGAUAGAAGAAAUUCAUUUGCCAGCGACGCUAAUGAAAGUUCCUUCUCGUCUAUAUCAUCCGAGAAGUCUAACAGGGUAGCAGAUAACUUUGAGCCGAUUGAUGUUGAAGGGCAAAAAGAGACUGGUAUAUGGGUUCAUCACCCAGGAAGUGAAGUUUCACAAACUUGGGAAAGUAGACAAGGAAGGAGCCGACUACUUGACAACGAGAUUCUAAAUGAUACUGGUAGCCGUAGUUCAGCUACAUAUGGAUCCCAAAAUAAUGACGACAGUGGCAUGGAUAAAGAUCCUGAGGAGAAACGGCACAUGAAAGGAGUUCGCAAGGGACUAAAUAAGUUCUGUGCGAAGUUCCACAGGAAUUCCAAGAAGGACCUGGGUACAAGCAGCUUUAAAGAGACUGCUCGUUCUGAAAGUAUUAAUCUUAGAGGAGUUCAUGACAAUGAGAGUGGGGUGAAAUUUAUUGUGGAAGACGACCUUUCUGAGCCUCUUUCUUCUAAGGUUCCGAAAGGACAGGAUUUCACUCCUGCAGGAGGGACUGGUUCAGAUACCCCGGCAAAGGGCAAGUUGAGAGAGACGAAAAGUUUCUUCAAGCGUAAUCAAAAAUCUGACAGAAAAGAUUUUGCAAAGUCUCAAAGUGAUUCUUUGGUAGUGAACGGAAGAGAAAUAUUAGAAAAUCUCAACUCUUCUGAUGAUGAUCCUCUGCCCAAAUAGUUGAUAUGUUAGCAGUUAUGGUUGCAAGUGACACUGCAGUGGAUGCUGAAGGUCCAAUAAUGAAGGCUGGGUUGAAAUCAUUCUGAUAGUACCAAUACCUCGUGGCUCCGGAAGUAGGGUUCUUUAGGAUUCUUGCCACAUUCUAAUCCUUAUUUAGCUCUCUCAUGGCAGACUGGCUAACUUUGCAGUCGACAAGGUUGUGUCACAGCCGUGAGGGGUUCUCUUUUGUAUUCGUAGGUACGCUAUGUGAGUUGAUUCGGUUGCCAAUGCUUCAUUGGAAAUCAAGGUGACAAGAGGACAUGACACAAUAGCAGGUAGCAUUGGGGGUGUAUUAUAGAACUGUUUUUUUUUUUUUUUGUCACCGGAUUUCUCUUUUGGCGGUGCCCUGGUAGAGGGAGCUUGUUUGUUUGACAGACUCUGCAGACCUACAUAUGCUCGUCCUGUCAAUCUGUUAACAUUGGUUUGGUUUUGUUUUCUGUAAAGAACGAAAAUUGUAUAUGACAAAUUUUUUGAACACA